CAACUUAACGUGCAUGUCUCACGCCUGUUUAAGUUCAUUUCCAGGAACUAGGUUAUUAUCUAAUCCUACUAGUAGUUCCGCUUGUGGUUGUACUACAACCCCUCUUCACUACCUUUAGGAACUAUAUAGUAACAAAGUUGGCCCAUAAAGUACCUUUUCGACAAUGCUCUCGUCUCGAGGCAGCAAUAAUGCGCAAUUGCACAAGAUUCCGUGGCGCUAUGCUCUACCGCACGAGUACAGCAAAGAGACGAAUCCGGAGGGGAUGAUCUCAUUUGCAUUGGCAGAGCAUGCACCAAUGCGCGCAGAAAUAGCCAACUACAUCAACACCAAGGUCGAGUUCAACGUAGCAUCAGUCGCCUAUAGCUCUGGUAACAAUGCCAUCCAUCGUCUACAGAAAGCGGUCGCAAUGCAUCUGAACAAACUACUCGUUCCCAUUGCUCCGAUCGACCCGGAAGAAGUCAUUGUUGCCAGCGGCGCAACUGCAAUAGGGAGUAUGCUUGGAUUCACCCUAGCCGAGCCAGACGACGGCAUCUUAAUCAGCAGGCCAGCUUAUGGACGAUUUGAGCUUGAUUACGGUGUCGAAGCGGGUGUGCAGAUGGUAUAUGCAGACACCACUGUGGAGGAGGCUUUUGCUCCUUCUGUUGUCGAGAAGUAUGAAUUGGCCCUGAGAGAUGCUCGGGCGAGAGGUGUGCAGAUCCGGGCAUUGAUGCUAGUGAAUCCGCAUAAUCCUACCGGCCUUUGCUAUUCUGUUCAAACCCUGACGGAGAUUCUCAAGUUUUGCAAUAAGCACCAGCUUCAUCUGAUCAGCGACGAAAUUUAUGCUUCAUGCGUUUUCGAUUCCGGAGACCCAGAUGCCGUUCCAUUCACCUCUAUAUUAUCCCUCAGUACCCCGAAGCUGAUCAACCCUGACCUGGUGCACUUGUUGUACGGAUUCAGCAAGGACUUCGCGUCCGGCGGCCUCCACCUAGGCUUCCUUAUCACAAAGAACAAACUCCUACGCCAUUCCUGCAAUGCAAUCCUACGCCUCCACAGCGCCUCCACAGCAGCCGUAACAAUCGGAACCACCAUCCUCGAAGAUCAAGACUUCGUUCGCGACUUCACAGCCAAGAGCCAACAAAGUCUUGCUUCAACAUACCAAAUCGCAACAUCAACUCUUUCUCAAGAGGGUAUUAGCUACAUAAAGGGAGGAAACGCCGGUUUCUUUAUAUAUAUCGACCUAUCACCCUAUCUCCCCAAAGAUACCAGUGACAGCACAUCUCCGCCUGAAUUCACUCUCGCUCAGAAGUUUGUCAAUGCAGGUGUAUUCCUGCAUCCGUGCGAAGAGCAUGGGAACAUCCCAGGGUGGUUCAGGCUUGUCUAUGCGCAGGAGGAGGAUGUGUUGAGGGAGGGGCUGAGAAGGUAUGUAGCCAUGUCUUCUGUUUCCCAGUCUACUGCUCUUGACUUUGAGAUAUCUUAACGGGGUUAGGCGGGGUUAGGCGUGAUGCUAAAGAUAUAUGCUACAGGAUGAUCGGGGUGCUAAAGAGUUUGGCAUGAACGAUCUAGUCUUUUUGGCUUCAUUGCCUGGUGAAACCGCAGUUCGUCCUGUAAAAUUGCAAUGAGUAUGAUGUUAUCGUUGGUAGUAUACUAUGUCUACCCAACAGUAACAGCAAAACUACAAAGCAUUACCAAAUCCAAAUAACAAAUCUAACAUAAC